GAUGGUCGUGCCCGCUUUCCGGGUUUUCUGUGUGUCCGGUCCUCUCUCCCCCUCCCUUCGGGAGCGCGCUGGUGCUCCUUCUCGCAAACACUCAUCUUUAUCGCACUCUCACCCAAGUCUCGUGUCUGUGGAGUUUGGCACACGCUCGCCGUGUCAUCUAAAAAUGUCGGUGUAGACGAGAACAGAGGAAAGAGAAGCCGAGGGAAGAUGAAAUCGGCGCGUCUGUGGAUACUUGUCUGUUUGGCGACUGCGUGUUGUCAGCUUGGCACCGGUGAUAGAUACGGUUGUCUGUUUGAUGGAGGCCUGUGUUCCAGUGGUCAGGUUUGCUGGGAUGAUGAGCUGUUUGGUCAGUGUCUUGCACAAAAGCAGGAAAGGUUUCGCUACAGGGUGACUGCAGUUCUACUGGACAGACUGCAGUCAUUGCUGCAGACGCUCAUGAAGAAAGGAUUAACUUGGCAGGAUGAUGUCACCCAAUCAAUGAUAAAGAAAGAGCUCAGCAAAGUUCCGAAGAUCCCACUGUCUUCUGGGAUAAAGAAUGGCCCAUCCACAGAGUCUCAGAGUGGCCCUGCAAACCAGCUCAAACCCAAAAUGGUGCAGCCCUAUAUGGACUACAUGAUUGUUGAUCCACCUCAGUCAUCUCUCCACAUGCAGAGCCUGGAUCCUUAUAGUUACCAGCGAUAUGGUUACCAAGAUGAAGAGGAGCGUUCUUUGAACCUGGUGGAUGGAGGCAGAUACCCACCGGCCUCCUCUCGCAUUAGGGGAAAUUCACAGCUUCCUCCAUCUCUAGAUAAAGAUGAUCAGCUUCUGCAGGAUCUGAUGACUCUCCUGCUUUCUUCACCUGCACAGCCUACAUCACGCCAUCGUGUGGCAGCACCUCACUCCACCUCAUCUUUUUUCCAGGAUUUGGACUUCCCACUUGACUACAAGGACUAUAACAAGGACUUCUUUUCCCAGGAUGAAAAGAUUAAUAACCAACAGGAGCAAAAGAAAGGUCCUCAGAAGUAUGGAGUGUUUUCUGGGCACAGCGGACCCACUCAGCAGAGCCUGAAUGAGCUGCUCCUGCAACAUGGAUUUGAUUUAAACCAUCUGAACCCUGAGGAGAUGGAGCGUCUGUUCACUGUCCUUCAGCUCCUGCAAAAUGAACCUACAAACAAUCUGAGAAAAUCUGAAACAAAGGAUUCCUCAGUGUCUCCAAAAGUGAUGAAGAUUACGGAGGGGGAGAUGACCCAUGUGGUGGAGAAGGCUUCUGUCCCAGCUAAAAAUUCCUCCUUCAAUUCUCCACUCCACCCCGGGUCCGAAACCUCCCCCCAGGGUUUUCAAGGGGCCUCCCAGGAUAACUCCAUCCCAAUAGGUUCUAGUUCACUAGGACCUUCAUCUCUCAAACAAGAAGAUGGACGACUUGGAAAGGGAGCCUUCAGUGCGAAGCCAGAAAAGAAUGAAACCAAGUUUAAAGAGGAAUUUGGAUACAUUGUCACCAAUCAAAGCCUUCUCACUCUGUCUGAUGGGGUUCAUCUACUGAAGACCCUUGCUGAGAGGAUCCAUCUCACCACUGGCUCUUUCAUCAAUAUCAGUGUGGUUGGUCCAGCUGUCACUUUCCGGGUGCUCCCAAACAGCCAGAAUUUAACAGCAAGUGAGGUGUCAGAACAAGCAGUGGCUCAAAAGAACCUUCUAGAAACAGAGACCGGUCUAAAGGUGCUUCAGGCAGGUGUCGGGGAGAAAAACGAUGGCCAUGCGUUGCCAGUGGCAACACGUGUACGUGACAACACCCAGUGGGUGUUCCUCAUGUUUGUGGGUGUGGCUUGUGUGGGUGGACUCCUGGUGGGGGCACUGACCAUCGCGUGCCUGCGCACCCAUGCCCGCCAGUUGGCCUCAGGGAAACUGGGACUUGGACCCGAGGCAGGAAAUGUGACGCAUUAUGAGUACCAGGAUCUUUGUCGGCAGCACAUGGCUGCUAAGUCCUCUCUUGGAAGGCAGGACUGCGGGGUCGGAGCUGCAGGUGGUGCUGGUCAAGGAGGAGGGGGAGGUGGUGGGGGAGGAACGGAUACGUCACGAGUCAGCAGCGUGUCAUCACAGUUUAGUGAUGCGGCUCAGCCCAGCCCUAGUUCUCACAGCAGCACCCCCUCCUGGUGUGAGGAGCCAGCGCAGUCUAAUAUGGAUAUAUCUACGGGGCACAUGAUACUGGCGUAUAUGGAGGAUCAUCUAAAGAAUAAAGACCGUUUGCUCAAAGAGUGGGAGGCUCUGUGCUCCUACCAGGCAGAACCCAGCACCAUCUCAGCUGCCCAAAGCGAAAGUAAUGUCAAGAAGAAUCGCUGCGCCGAUGCCGUGCCCUAUGAUCAUUCUAGAGUGAAGCUGAAGGCCGAGAUUAACCCUUCCAGGACAGAUUACAUCAAUGCCAGCACCAUUAUCGAGCAUGACCCCCGGAUGCCUGCGUAUAUUGCCACCCAAGGUCCUCUUUCACACACCAUCUCUGAUUUCUGGCAGAUGGUUUGGGAAAGCGGGUGUACAGUCAUAGUGAUGAUGACGGCUCUGGUUGAGGACGGAGAAAAGCAGUGCGAUCGCUAUUGGCCUGAUGAGGGCUCCUCUCUCUACCACAUCUAUGAGGUGAACCUGGUGUCUGAGCAUAUCUGGUGUAAUGACUUUCUGGUGCGGAGUUUCUACCUGAAAAACGUCCAAACCCAGGAAACUCGUACCCUCACUCAGUUCCACUUCCUGAGCUGGCCUGCACAGGGCAUACCCACCUCCACAAGGCCUCUGCUGGACUUCCGCAGGAAAGUCAAUAAGUGCUACCGUGGCCGCUCCUGCCCCAUCAUUGUGCACUGCAGUGAUGGUACAGGCCGGACUGGAACAUACAUCCUGAUCGACAUGGUUCUGAACCGCAUGGCUAAAGGAGUAAAGGAGAUCGAUAUUGCUGCAACCCUAGAACACAUUCGAGACCAGAGGCCAGGAAUGGUGCGCACCAAGGAUCAGUUUGAGUUCGCACUGACCGCUGUGGCAGAAGAGGUUAAUGCUAUUCUGAAAGCUCUACCGCAAUGAAUCGAAUGCCCAUGACCCAACAGGCACACAAACGCAUACAUACACACUCACAAAUUACACGCAUGAGUGCAUACACACUUUCUGUGGCCACUGAGGUUAGUAUUAGGGAUGUGCAUGAGUAAUCAUCUAGUCGAGUAUUCGCUCUACACCUAGCUACUAAAAAUAAUAAUCUAUUAGCAAAUUGGAUUUUCUUUUCGCUCUUACUGUAUCCUUCACUUAAAUCAAGUACAGCUAAAGGGUGUUGGGUUGCACUGUGCUGUAGAGGGGUGAGAGAUUUUAUUGUGCAAUAUUUUAAUCUUUAUGGUUCUUGCUAGUCAUGCUUUCCAUUAGAUAAAGAUCCACUUUUACGGUGCCAAGAGUUGUAAGAAACUAUUCGUGCAGCCUUUUCUUCACAGCAGACUCUGCUAUUAGCAAAUUAAAAUGUCGACUUGAUUUAUGAAUAAUAUUAUGAUAAAAUAGGUAAAUAGCAGAUUUUAAACAUUAAAAUUAGAUUUUAUUUUUAACUCGGUGGGUAAUAGAGCUUUUAUAAUUAUUUGAAAUCUUUUAAGAAAGGCAUAGUUUAAUUUAUUUUGUGAAACCAUUAUAAGCAUCGUGUAGGCUUAUGUCUGCGAAUAAAACUGAAAAAUAUUGUCUUUAUUAAAUGAUUUUUGUUUUCAGUGUUACUGUACUUGACCUCAAAAUUACUCAGUGCCAUCCCUACUCAUUUUUGCUGCUUUCCUGCAACUGAACCCAAAACCCAACUCAAAACCCAACCAGUUUUGCCAAAUAUUACCUUCCCACAGCAUGUAACAUGAAAUCCCCUUAAAUAUAAUGCUCACACACAACAGAUACACUACUUGGACCUGUAUUUAAGCUCUUCUUGGGUCUGAUUUCUUCCUCGCCUUCACUCUUGGUAACAAAGAUGUAAUUAUCUAAAGGGAAAUGCGUUUCUCAUUAUUUCUCCCUCUGUUUCAACGCGGUGAUGACUUAGUCCUGUUACGUACAUUUCAUCAAGUGUAACGUGAGUUUGCUUCACAAUCCACUCGUUUACUUGGGAGGGAGAACAGAAAGUGUCACGAGCAAAAAGUGUUGCUGUC